AUGGGCGUGCUCCUCUUCCAGCAGUGUAAUGCAGGCGCUGCGGCGGCGCCCGUGAAUCGGAGCAAGGAUUGGCGUCCUGGCACGCUUUCCUGCGCGAGAAAUCAGCGAUUGAUCACGGUAUGCUGCUCGAAUGGCGAGAAAUCUGGUGUGGCGAUCAAGGUAGAGGGGGAUUCGACGCCUAAGAAGCGGCCGGUUUUGUCCAGGGCACCGCCGCGAUCUUUCGGCGUUAAGGAUGAGGAGCUUGUCCCGGGCAAGGUUUUGACGGGCAGCGUGAAAGCGAUCAUGACGUUUGGCGCUUUCAUCGAUUUGGACGCCAGAUUCGAUGGGCUGCUCCACAUCUCCAAGAUCUCCGACCGCUUCGUUCAGAAUGUGGAGGAUGUUCUCACAGUCGGGCAGCAAGUCCAGGUGGAAAUCGAGAGCGUGGAUCUCCCAAAGCGGCGCAUCCAGCUCAAGAGACAUGCUGUAAUAGCUCAAGGAUCAAAGGUCUCUUCGUCUGGAACAGCGCAGGUGGAAGGAACUGGAGCUCUUGCAGCAGUCCCGAAAGAUACUUCCACUGGUACUCAAGCAGCAAGGAUCCGAGCUUCAACGAAUGGAGCUCCAGUGGCUGGAAAAAAUGGAGCAGCGGCUUCUCAAGAUGAUGGAACUAACUCUUCCCGGAUCGCAGGAACUUCGACAAAGCAACCUGGAACGAGAUUCCAAUCACGUAGCAGUAGCAGCACGACGCGUGAAGAGAUCUCAAAAGAACCAAGCUCUUCUCCCCUGCCAAGGCUCUCUUCGAGGAUUCCUCCACCAAAGACGAGCUACCAGAAGGGUCAGGUGGUGAGUGGAGUUGUGAAGAACUACACGAGGCGAGGGUGUUUCGUCCAGCUCCCAGGAAACCAAGAGGGAUUCUUGCAUGCCAAUGAGAUCGAGUCAAGUAGAGAACAGGAGCCCACUCCAGUCGAGAACUUGGUGAAAGUUGGGCAAGAGCUCAAAGUGAAGGUUCUUCGGAUAAUCGAUGGGCGGAUCAACUUGACGAUGAAAGAGGAAGUGGAUCUGAAGAAGAUCAAGGAGCUCAAUGAGAAUGUGUUCGCUACCAAUCCAUUUGAGCUUGCUUUCAGGAAGAACCCGGUGAUCAGGGGGUACCUCAAAGAAACUGGGAGGCUCCAGGGUUCAGAGCAUGGAAACGAAGAACGAAGAACAAGGGGUGUUGAAGAAAAUUCGAGUGAGGAAAAAGGCCUUAGAGUGGAAUGGAGCACCAUACCAGAGGAUGUGGUGGAGCUCACGAUUCCCCACCUCGAUAUGAGUUAA